AUGGCGCCAGAAAGCUCAAAGCAGACAUGUUUCGACAUAUUUUCUCUGCCGGAUACAUCAAAUGCUGAAAUUGAUUUCCUUGAGACUUCAUUUUUUCAUUCGAGCGCGCUUCUGUCACCCCAACUACCAGCACCAGCCAAAGUCCUUAAAGAGAACCCACAGCUCGAGGAGGGCGUUGCUAUUUAUGAGAAGCUGAAUCUCGCGGUCAAAUUUGGGGGUCCCUCUUACCUCAGGCUGGAAGAAGCUCAAACAAUGAGAGCAGUCAAACGCGCAUUCCCGAACAACGAGGUUCCAGUGCCCGAAGUUUUCGGAUGGAGGAGGUAUGGGGACAAAUGUUUUAUAUACAUGAGUCUCAUACCUGGCAAAACACUGCGGGAGGGAUGGCCAGCGCUCACUGAGGUGGAUAAGAAGUCGAUAUGUAAUGAUCUUGCACAGAUCAUAGCAGCGCUAAGACAGGUUUCACAAGGCUCGUCUAACACUUUCAUCGGUACACAAUUUACAUCUUUCGAAUCUCGCUCCCAUUCUCUAAGUAAACUAACCACGCUUAUAGGAUCUAUUAUCCAUGGCACUAUUCAAGAUAGGUUCUUCCAGCAUGAUUACGAAGAUGGACCAUUCACUACGGUCAAGUCAUUCAAUGAUUGGCUGCUCGCUGCUGCUACUCGUACGAGGCCCGGACCGGAAGGAAUCACUGGCCCCUAUCGAGACCUACUGCCGGACACGGGCCAUGUCUAUUUCACUCAUGGAGACCUUACACUCGGGAACAUCAUCAUCUCAGGCGGGACCAACUCUCAAAGAAUCGUGGGAAUUGUGGACUGGGAGCAGGCUGGUUGGUAUCCAGAAUAUUGGGAGUACUGUAAGCUACUUUACGGAGUGGAGUACACUCAUGAAUGGCGUAGCGCUGGAUGGGCUGAGACAAUUACGGAACGGUACGAGACCGAAUGGUUUGCUUUCGCGGAGUACUCAUCUUGGCGGUGUCCAUGA